CCCGCCGCGCGCUUUCCGGCAUACGCGUGCUUCCUGCGCUCUUCCGUGCCCUUCACCGCUCCGCGUCGGAUCCAGAGACGCUCGAACCUGCGCGAAAUCAUGGCCAAACUGAGCAAAGAGAGCAAGCAGCGGCUGCAGCAGGUGUUCCAGUGCGGCCAGUUCAUCAUCCGCUGGGGCUUCAUCCCCACCGUCCUGUACCUGGGCUUCAAGCGAGGAGCCGAUCCGGGGAUGCCUGAACCCACGGUCCUCAGCUUGCUCUGGGGAUGAAGACCGGACUCUGCGCUGGAUGUAAAUACUUCUCCGCUGUUUUAAGACUUUCGCCUCCUCGCUGAGAAACACGCAAGACGUGUUCGUUUCCUUUUUGUUUUUUUUUUGUUUUUUUAUUGAAUACAUGAUGAUCAUUGUAAACAAUCGGUUUCAAAUAAAUGAAACGAGUUCAUAAA